AGCUGAUGCGGGAUGCCUGAUGCCAUGAUGUCCUGCUUAGGAUGUUUUCGGCCAAGCCGAUUGGUUGUGGAGGAUGGAACGUUUUCCGUCCACUUGGCCCGCGAGGAGGGGCAAAAGUAUGGCUUUGUGGCCACGUAUUGUCCCAUGUUUCCAGAUGGGCAAGGCCUAGUCAUUACACACAUCAGUCACACGGACAAUGACACAUUCUCUGGAGUGGGGAAGUGGAACGAAGAACAUCCAGAGGAGCAAAUUCAAGUGGGACAGGCCAUUGUCUGGGCGAAUGGACACGCGACAUCACAUGAGAUGUUAAACCAUAUCAAACAAUCUUCGUCCAUUGAGAUGAAGGUGACACGGAACUUGAACGCAGUGCAAAAAGCAGUUCUACGUCAGCAUCGAUUGGUCAUGAAGGUGAAUGCGAGUGUUCACGUUUGCAUCGAGGUGGCCGAAGAGGAGCCCUGUGCGAUCUGCUACGAGGACAUGGGCUCACCGCCCCAGCAGGUCGGUGACGGGAACGAGGAUGGCGCUGUGGUGCUCACCAAGCAGGUGGUGAAACUGCCAUGUGGCCACUGCUUUCACAAGAACUGUGUUAUGCAUUGGCUGCUGUCGGCACAGCAUCACCAGCGCUGUCCCCUUUGCAACCAGAAGAUUUAAAACGUUUAAAGGAGCAGCAGACUUCAACAGUUUCCCCUCAGGGUCCGGUGGAUGUGGCGCUCGAUUUCGCAGCAGCCGUGAAACUGGAUCCGCUAAUGCCUUGGCGAAAAGAAGAAGUCGAGUUGGGGCACUAUUUGGCACCACUCUACGGGGGUUUCCAUAAAUGGGGGUGCCCC